UUAAUAAAUAUGAAUUUCUUUCAGGUAUUGAGGUAAUGUAUGAUGAAUUAUUGCUCUGGAUUUCCAAAUGCUGUUGUGUGUUUUUGUUGUCUUUAAAGGAAUAAGUCAGCACUGCUAGAGCUAAUAUCUUUUUACUGCAUUUAUAAUGUGUGAGUGAUCACGACAUAUGAUACUUUUGAAAUGAUUCCCUGAAGUAAGAAUAGAAAUGACACUUACAUAUUAUCAGUGUCUAAGCCAAGAAGCUGAAUUUUGUCAGCAAAUCCUUAAAAUAUGUGAUUGUAUUACAAAUUACAAGACUACAGCCGUUACACUUUAAGAAUAAAAAUUCUUAGAAUGAGAGGCAUAUGAGAGCAAGUCUUACCAAAGCUGUUCUUAUGGAGUUUUGUCAAAAAUUGAGUUUUAUCCAACACUAGAGCAAUGUAAUAAUAGAUAAUUCCUGUUACCUGUGGUUUUGCUAAGGUUACAAAUUCCUUUGAAGCAUUCCUGAAAGCCUUCUACAACUAUUUAUUCACUCAUCUUCAGUAAAUGUUUUAUCCUGGCUGGUCAUGAUGGGUCUGGAGCCUAUCCCGGGAACACUGGGCAUGAAUCCGGAAUACAUCCUGGAUGGGACGCCAAUCCCAUGCCUACAAAAAGACAGGUUUCACAUAAAUGUUUAUUGGCCCAGUAACUGCAAUGACUGUAUUUAGAUGUCCAUUAUAAAUGGGUUUAGAAGGUUUUUUUUAUUCUUACCACAGGGAAAUGUGCUGAACCUGUCUAUGGUAAUAACACAUACACAACAGAUAUAGUAGAUAGAGUUCAGGUUGCUAAAAAAUUGAAACCUCAUGUCUGAGAGUGUGCAUACUUGCCCUCAAAUGGAUUAAUGUAUAGAAUUAUGUGGCUUUUUUGCAGGAUAUGUUAAUUAACCUCUUCCUUCUUGACUUAUCCUACCUUAGCUGGUGCAUUUAUGAGCUAUUCUUUUUUAAUUAAAUUUUUUUUGGUAGAGAAUGACCUGAAUGAAGUGAUAAAGCUUCAUUUUAGUAAUGUUGUUGUAUAUUAUGCAUUGAGAAUAUAAUAAUGUUUCUGCACAGGUGUAUUAUGUUGUUUAUAAAUUAAGAAGUAUUAUAUUACAGCAUAUAAACAAUUUGAAGGUGAUAUACACUUACUAGUCACUUUAAUAGGAACACUUGUAUAACUGCUCAUUCAUGCAAUUAUCCAAUCAGCCAAUCAUGUGGCAGCAGAGUAAUGCAUGAGAUCCAGUAGAUGUAUAUCUUAAGUCUUCAGUACAUUGGGUAAAUAAUCUUUAUAAAAGCCCCAUAUUGCAUGUAGAAUGUAUCAGGUGAAAAGCAGGUAAUGACCUGUUUUGAGUAUGAUGCAACCUUGGGUUCUCCUUACAGUUGACUCCAAAAUUUCCUCAAAGCUUCCCAGAACUAAAGGAAAUGACUGAGCCUUAAAGGGACAAAGUGCAGUCAAGUCACUGUGUGACCACAACAGACAUAGCACUUUAUUUGAGAUCCACAACUAUGAACACACAGAGCAGGAACUGGUGUAUUUCAAAUUCCGGCAUUAAAUGGGUGAUUAAGUAUAAUUACGGCUUGUCUUUGUAUUUUUCUUUACUAAACACCAUUUAGAAAGUUAGGCCAAAGUUAGGCAUCUUGCCCCAUUUCAUGUUCAUUGCACCAUAAUGUUUCAUUGCUUUGAGGGUAGAAGCGUAAUAAAUAUCCCAGGAUUUUAUUGUACCAUUUCACGCAGUUUUACAAUGCCUGAUCAUAACAAUAUCUGGGGCGUAGGCGUUGGGAUGGCUUUAUUGAGGACGUCAUGCCCCAGCAUCUGGGAGGAGUGUGUAUGUACAGUUAAUAAUUGACACAUACAAUUCUUUCUAUAUUUACUCUGAAUGGCUGUGAGGAGGAAGUGAGGCUUUUAGUUUCAAGGUGCAACGUUAAGCAUUCUCAUCAUGCUUUAAACACUGACACUGGACUGCUUAAGGGACGCCACUGGUGUGUUUGCCAGGUUUCUUGGAGACAGGACGAGAGGGACCAGCAAAAAACGAAGACCUGCACAGAGACCUUAGUCCAUUCCACACAAAUCAAUUCAGAUCCCAGGCAGUUAGGAGGAGUGUACAUGUAGCUGGUAAAAUGGCAUACAUUGGACAGUAAAAGCUAGUGUAUCAUGCCAUACCUGGCCCACACUGCCCAUGCCCAGUUUGUGGGGUUCUGGGUGGGUACAGUUGGAUGGGUCCUCACCAUCAUAGCCAUCGGCUUGGUGGAGUGGAGGGUGUGGGAGGUAUCCGACCUGUCUGUCAUCACCUCUGGUCUGGCGUGGGUGGGCAUCUGGAGGGUGUGCUUUUUCACCAAUGUGCUUGUCACGUCUGAGUACACGGACCUGUACUGCCAGCGGAUGCAACUAACGGACGCUUACACGCCUAAUGAGAUUGCAGCUUCCCAGGUGCUCAUGCUGCUUGCCUUCAUCUUGGGAUUUUUUGGUAAUUCCAGUGUCAUUUAUGGACUCAGGAACAUCUACUUUGGACUUGAUGAGACCAGAUCUGUCACACUGGCUUUUUCGUUUGGUGGUGGACUUUUGCUACUUGCUGGUGUGACCUCAUUUAUUCCUCUUUUCUGGAACUUACAUGCCGUGGUGACUAACCAGACCAUCAACUUUUCACCUAACUUCAACAUGCCCCCAGCUCCUGAUGGUCAGUAUGUUGGUCCGGGUAUCGCUGUUGGAAUUUUUGCAUCCAUCUUGGUUGUGUUGAGUGGAACAGUGUUUCUGUGUUACAAGCUGCCAGAAGGACUGAACUCCAAAAUCAGACCUUCAAGAACAAAGGAAAACCACUGUGGACUGAGUGAAACUGGGAUGGCAGUGCAUGUAAAAUCCAGACAAAUGGCCGAGCAAGGCAGAAAGAACUGCCUCGGUAUUGACAACUUGGCCUUCCAGUCCCAGAAGGAUGGGUGAAUGUGGGUUUUCAUUUUUCAAUCAUAGACUAAUGCCAUGAAUGCUUCGUAAAAUGAGUAUGCGUUGAAAUGCUAGUGUUUUUGAAGGGAGGUUGGGUCAGACUGUUUACAAGACAAAUAAUAUUAGUGCAAUUAAUGUGUGUGUCCUUUGGGGUAGGACAGUAAUUGGGAAGUUAUUCAUAAACAUCCGUGUCUCUUGGAAUUUGACACUUGACGCCAUUGCAACCAGCUCACACCGAUACACAAUCAAAGCUAAAAUAUCUAAUGUGAACUAUAUUCUUGAAUGUAUUCUUGCACCUCGGUGUUAAAUGUGCUUUGGAAAUUAUAUAUUUUCAUGUGGAUGUAUAUUGCUUUUUGCUUAUUUAAAAAUUACACCAGUGUCACACUGGUAGUGUUUGUGAUUUUUUAGUUUAAUGAAAGUGAGAGAGCAAAUGUAAAUGAUGAAAGAGAUGAAAGAAAACACUGACUUCUAUGUUACUUUAACUGUGACUUUAUGUGUAAUUCUGUACAGUUAUACCACAGCACUGUUGAAUACCUGA